CCGUACUGCCUGUUAUUUCCGACAGCACCUAAAGGCAACAUUAGUCGCUACUAUUUACCAUUCCAGCCACUCAGCUGUAGCUAGCUUGACCAAACAGAUUUGUCACAGUUGCGGUUAUAAAGGCAACUAUUAAUUAGCGGGGUAUGGAUUAAUGACCAAUCCAGCAAUGCGUUAAAUAUAUUGAAUUUCAAACGGAGAUUGGAGUUAGCUAGGCAACGUUAACCAAGUAGCUAACUGCUAAUAGCAGUUAGCACUGGUUGUCUUUGGACCCUCCUUCUGACCUGAACUCAGUUAUCGCAACCAGUUCCCUUUUAUUGAACAAAACUUAACUGUUUAAUCACUAGUUUGUCUAAACCAACCACUCUACUAGGUAACUUGCUACUUUUGUAUUUGAAAAUGGACAAGUUUUUAGUGCGGCUUCCCAAGGGGGAAACACUUAAAAAAUCGAAUGGUAACGAAAAGGUUUACAAACAAACGACAAUUGAAUCGUUACGGAGGGUGGUUGUGAUUGAGGAUAUUAUGCGCUACAAGUCCACCUUGGAGCUGCCAGGACAGAGCAAGGACAACCUGCUGACUGCCCUGACAGAGCUGAGCAAGAAGAUCCCAUCCAGGGAGGUGCUCAAGUCCACAAAAAUAGGUCACACUGUCAACAAAAUGCGAAAGCAUCUGGACCCUGAGGUGAGUUCAAUGGCAGCAAAGGUUUACACUGACUGGAGGACAUUCAUCGAGGAGAAUUCCAAUAAGCCGUCUAUUGUAGUGCGCUCCGACAAACAAUCUGAAGGACUCAGGAGCAACGCUAGAAGACUAAUGUCUGAGGCCCUGGAGGUUAAGGAGGAUUCCGGUCUUAUAGACAACCUUGAGAGAGAAGUGUUUCACCAGAGCUCCCGGUUAGUCAGCAGCUCAUACAGACGGACUGUUAGAGCACUGGUGUUUGCCUUCAAACACAACCCAGAGAUCAGAACUCAAGUGAAGGACAACACGAUAUCAGUCAACCAGCUGGUUUCUAAAUACAAGAAGUAACGAAUUAGGCUGAGCCUCCGACUGCAUAUUGAAGACUUCUGGUUGUUUUAUUUGAUAUUUGAAAGGUUUUUUGAUACACAUUUAAUUUUGUAACUUUUUUUAAAUUAUUUUCUUGAUUUUCUGUAAAGGAAAUAUAAAAUACUUUUACAAUUUGUGGCACAUGAGCAGCCUUACACUCUCUUAUUAAUGCAUGCAAAUCACAGUCAAGAAUAUGUACUUAAUUGUUGGUGGUGAUGAUAAUGCCAUUCCUUCGUACUGGAAUCAUGAAGUUUUUUGUUGAUAAGGUCUGUUUUUAUACUGUUGGUAAACAUUUUUAUACAAAAUAUAAUUGAAAAUAACUUCAAUCAA